AAAUAUUUAAAUUUUGUAUAAAAGAAAAUCAACGUCUCAAAAAAUGUUAUUUCCGUCAUUGAGUCAUUAUUGGAAACAAAUUUAAUCAUAAUUAAUUAUUAUUAAAGUUAAAGUCAUUUCGUUAAAAUGUCUCUGAACAUUUUCUGUCCGUUAUUUGUUAUAUUUUGUUGUGACUUGGUUUUCGGUAGCCUUUACUUUUCCGGACUUAAUGAGUACCGUUAUGACUACAAACAUGUCUCAGAAAUUGAUGGUUGGAUAAAAAUACAUUUGUUUCCUGCAAAAUGGAAGGAUGCUCGCCUCCGUUGUCAAUUAGAAGGCGCAGUGCUGGCGUCACCAGAAACUCCAGAGUUGGCGUCGACUUUAAAAUCAAUAGUGACAGAGCGUUUCCCGUCCGGCUUGUACACAGGAGUUCACGCGACCUUCUCACAUGGAGACUACUUCUCUGUCGAAGGGACACCUAUUGGAAAAAUGUCGAUAGAAUGGGCCCCUAAUGAGCCGAACAAUCAUGAGGACAGUGAAGAAUGUAUAAUUCUGCAAGGAAACGGUACCGCCGCUGAUGUUGUUUGCACGGACUUGUAUCCUUACGUGUGCUACAGGAGAAGCCCAGUAAUAUUAAAUGAAUGUGGCAGCGUUGACCCGGAGUAUGUUUAUGAAAGAAGAACCGGCUCAUGUUAUAAGUUCCACUAUGUGGGUAGAAGCUGGCCACGCGCUUUUAUGGCGUGCGCGGCUGAGGGGGCAUACCUCACCGUUAUUAACAACAACGAAGAAGCGACCGUGCUCUCCGAACUGUUCGCCCAACAUCCUGUUGCAAACAUCACUGCCGAUUCAAAAGACACCGCGCACAUUGGCUUCCAGAACUGGGGCGAGAUGACAACUUGGACUACUAUUCAUGGUCAAUCGAUCCAAGAGGCUGGCUACUGGACUUUCUAUCCCUAUCCGGCCUCCUUCAAUGCUAAGAAUGUGGUGUGUGGAGCUGUGUACAGGAGCGGGGGACUUGACAAGUUGCCAUGCAACGAACAGGCACCGUUCAUCUGCGAGAAAUCCCCCGACAGUCUACUGGGAAGAAUAAUCACAUAAAUUUGAUGCCAGUCUUCUUCAAUAAUCUAACUAUUUGACGUAAAAAGUAAAUAAUGAAAAUAUGUAUUUUUAUUUGUUAGUUUAAUAAACAUUGAAUUAA